GAGAGGACACCGAAUUCCGGCUGAUCCUGGUCGGGAAAUCCGGAGGCGGGAAGAGCGCCACGGGCAACACCAUCCUCGGCCGGAGGGAGUUCGAGUCUGUCUUGGGAGUGAAGACCACCACCCUGAAGUGCCAAAGGGGGGAGGGAAGGUGGCGGGGCAGGAAGAUCUACGUGGUCGACACGCCGGGCAUGUUUGAUUCCGAAAACUACGAUGAGAUUGUGCGGCGCGAGGUCAUCUCUUGCAUCGACUUCUCCCGGCCCGGCCCCCACGCCCUGAUCUUGGUGACCCAGGUGGGGCGCUUCACCGCGGAAGACGCGGCCGCCGCCAAGUGCGUCUGGGAUAUCUUUGGGCCCGAGUCCUCCCGGCACACCAUCGUCCUCUUCACCUGCAAGGAGGAUCUGGAAGGGGACCCCCUGCAGGAGUACGUCGCGGAAUCCGACAACCGCAACCUGCGGGGCCUGAUCCGGCGGUGCGGGAAGCGCUUCUGCGGCUUCAACAACAAGGCCGCAGGAACCGAGCGGGAGACGCAGGUCUCGGAGCUGAUGGAGACGGUGGAGAGGACCGUUUACGAGAACGGGGCGAGAUACUACAUCAACCGGCUGUACAGGGACCCCAACUUGACGGAAUGGCUCGUCAAAACGUUCCUGGCGGAGAACCGGGCGGCCCGCAAAAAAGCCGAGAAUGUCUUGGUGUGGAGAGAAAACGUGCUCAUCGGGACGAUUGUCACUUUGUCCGUACUGGCCUUUAUCUAUUUCUUAGUCGAGUUUCUUUAGUUCUUCCGUCGUUCGAAAUCUU